GGGCUGCGCGGAGGUCGGGGCAGAUAAGGAACAAUGACGCCCCCCGGGAGGAGGACGGAAGUCCCGCUGCCACCUUAUCUCCGCGCCUCCGUCUCCUCCGGGCUCCCCGAGCCCUUUCUCUAAAGAUUUGGAAGGCGCCUCUUGACUCCCUCUGCAGCUGUUCUGAAUACCUCCGAGUCUAGAAAUUGAUUAUUCAACCAGGACAUCUAAUUCAAGACUGCCAGAUCGGGAGACUGAGACAUUUUGUCAGUUUUGCGACAUUGGACCGAAUACAAUGAAGUAUUCUUGCCGUGCUCUAGUGCUGGCUGUCCUGGGCACAGAACUGCUGGCGACCCUGUGUUCCACUGUGAGGUCUGCGAGGUUCAGAGGACGGACACAGCAAGAACGAAAAAAUAUCCGACCCAACAUCAUUCUUGUGCUCACCGAUGACCAAGAUGUGGAGCUGGGGUCCCUGCAAGUCAUGAACAAAACGAGGAAGAUUAUGGAGCAUGGAGGGGCCACCUUCACCAACGCCUUUGUGACCACACCCAUGUGCUGCCCGUCCCGCUCAUCCAUGCUCACCGGAAAGUACGUGCACAACCACAAUGUCUACACAAACAACGAGAACUGCUCUUCACCCUCGUGGCAAGCAAUGCAUGAACCUCGGACCUUUGCUGUGUAUCUUAACAACACUGGCUACAGAACAGCCUUUUUUGGAAAAUACCUCAAUGAAUAUAAUGGCAGCUAUAUCCCUCCUGGGUGGCGAGAAUGGCUUGGAUUAAUCAAGAAUUCUCGUUUCUAUAAUUACACUGUUUGUCGCAAUGGCAUCAAAGAAAAGCAUGGAUUUGAUUAUGCAAAGGACUACUUCACAGACUUAAUCACUAACGAGAGCAUUAAUUACUUCAAAAUGUCUAAGAGAAUGUAUCCCCAUAGGCCCAUUAUGAUGGUGAUCAGCCACGCUGCGCCUCACGGCCCGGAGGACUCAGCCCCACAGUUUUCAAAACUGUACCCCAAUGCCUCCCAACACAUAACUCCUAGUUAUAACUAUGCACCAAAUAUGGAUAAACACUGGAUUAUGCAGUACACAGGACCAAUGCUGCCCAUCCAUAUGGAAUUUACAAAUGUUCUACAGCGCAAGAGACUCCAGACUUUGAUGUCGGUGGAUGAUUCUGUGGAAAGGCUGUACGACAUGCUCGUGGAGACAGGCGAACUGGACAACACUUACAUCAUUUACACCGCCGACCACGGUUACCACAUUGGGCAGUUUGGACUGGUCAAGGGGAAAUCCAUGCCAUAUGACUUUGACAUCCGUGUGCCUUUCUUUAUUCGUGGUCCGAGCGUGGAACCAGGAUCAAUAGUCCCACAGAUUGUUCUUAACAUCGACCUGGCCCCUACAAUCCUGGAUAUCGCUGGGCUCGACACACCUCCCGAUGUGGAUGGCAAGUCUGUCCUCAAACUUCUGGACCUGGAAAAGCCAGGUAACAGGUUUCGAACAAACAAGAAGGCCAGAAUUUGGCGUGACACAUUUCUAGUGGAAAGAGGCAAAUUUUUACGCAAGAAGGAGGAAUCCAGCAAAAACACUCAACAGUCCAAUCACUUGCCAAAAUACGAGAGAGUCAAAGAACUGUGCCAGCAGGCCAGGUACCAGACAGCCUGUGAGCAGCCUGGGCAGAAGUGGCAGUGCACUGAGGAUACAUCUGGCAAGCUUCGCAUCCACAAAUGCAAAGGACCGGGCGACCUGCUCACCGUCCGGCAGAGCACGCGCAGCCUCUACGCUGGAGGCUUCCACGACAAGGACAGAGAGUGCACCUGCAGGGAGGCUGGUUAUCGCCCCAGUCGAAGCGAGAGGAAGAGCCAGAGGCAGUUCCUGAGGAGCCAGGGAACCCCAAAGUAUAAGCCCAGGUUCGUCCACACCCGGCAGACCCGAUCUUUGUCUGUCGAAUUUGAAGGCGAGAUAUAUGACAUCAAUCUGGAAGAAGAAGAUUUGCGAGUGCUGCAGCCAAGGAGCAUUGCUAAGCGUCACGACGAAGGCCACCAGGGCUUAGGGAGUCGCCAGUCAGCCAGUGAUGGCCACGACGAGGAGAUGCUGGCGGACAGCAGCAAUGCCGUGGGCCUACCCACUACCGUCCGCGUGACACACAAGUGCUUUAUUCUUCCAAAUGACACAAUUCAUUGUGAGAGAGAGCUGUAUCGAUCAGCCAGAGCCUGGAAGGACCACAAGGCUUACAUUGAUAAAGAGAUUGAAGCACUGCAAGAUAAAAUUAAGAAUUUAAGAGAAGUGAGGGGGCACCUAAAGAGAAGAAAGCCGGAGGAAUGCAGCUGCAGCAAGCAGAGCUAUUACAAUAAAGAAAAAGGUGUGAAAAGGCAAGAGAAGCUAAAGAGCCAUCUUCACCCAUUCAAGGAGGCGGCUCAAGAAGUAGACAGCAAGCUGCAGCUUUUCAAGGAGAACCGUCGGAGGAAGAAGGAGAGGAAGGAGAAGAAACGCCAGCGGAAGGGAGAGGAGUGCAGCCUGCCCGGCCUCACCUGCUUCACACACGACAACAACCACUGGCAGACGGCCCCCUUCUGGGACUUGGGAUCGUUCUGUGCUUGCACAAGUUCUAACAAUAACACCUACUGGUGUUUGCGCACAGUUAAUGAGACGCAUAAUUUUCUUUUCUGCGAGUUCGCAACUGGCUUUUUGGAGUAUUUUGAUAUGAAUACAGACCCUUAUCAGCUCACAAAUACAGUGCACACGGUCGAACGGGGCGUUUUGAAUCAGCUACACGUACAAUUAAUGGAGCUCAGAGGCUGCCAGGGGUAUAAACAGUGCAACCCAAGACCUAAGGGCCUUGACGUGGGAAGUAAAGAUGGAGGAAGCUAUGACCUACACAGAGGGCAGCUAUGGGAUGGAUGGGAAGGUUAAUCUGUCCAACCCACUGCAGAUGCCACCUGGCCGGCCUGGCAGAGUUACAGUGUGAAUGGACGUAGCUCACAAAUCAGGCACAGCCGUAGACUUAGCCUGGUAACGACUGAUUACUUGAAGGAUACAGCUAGAGUAUUUGCACUGCUGAACACUCUGAGCAAAAGCCAGCAAGUCCGACUGAAACUGCUCACGGUGAUGGGCUCCCGGUCGUCUCUGCUGAGCACCCAGCGCCAGUGGCGAUGCCUUCUGCAGAGUCGGACAGAGACCCAAGUCAGACAGCCGGGAAGCUCUUCAUUUGGCCUUGCCAGCUGACCUUCGGACCCUUCAUUUGAUCCGACCGACAUUAAGUCCAGAGAGUACACUUGAACGGAAUAAUGACAUUCCAGAGGUGAAUCAUCCGAAUUCUGAACACUGGAGAAACGGCAGACCUAAAAAACAGAUGGGGCACGAGGAGGUGGAUCGUGCUGAAACAGUUUCAGCGACAGCGGCCUCACAGAGCUGGCGCUCCAGCCCCGCCCCAGGCUGCAGCCCCCAGCCCCGCUGGUGGCCCUGGAGAGCGUGUGUUGGAAGAUGAGCUGUGUCUCCCCGUGCAUUCUGAUGGAAGCAUCGUUCAUCAGGUGCUCCGGGUGCACAGCCCAGAGCAGCCUGCUCCUGCCCGCUGAGCGCAGUGAGGAGCGACCCGAAGGAGGGCUUGGGGCAGGGCCUCCUCUCCGCUCUCCUUGGAUGAGAUGAAGUCGUUAUCCUAAACAUGAGGUUUCCUUUUAACUUUUUCUUAGCAAACAAGUAACAGCAAUCCUGGCUGCCAACAUUCCAAGUUACCCUGAGUCCGAUCGUGCAGACUUUAGUGUGCCUGUGGGGGAGAGGGGCGAGAGCAUCCAGCAACUCCGCAUCUCAUCGUAAUUCACUCUGCCAGGAGUAGAAAGAAUGUUUGGGUUAUUUUUUUGUUUUGUUUUGUUUUGGGAGCUAAAACAGUAUUAUCUUAUGGAGGUUGUAGGGGCAUGCAUAUAUAAAUGUUAUCCAGUCAAAAUGGCUAGAAUUGUGCCUUUCGUGGUCUCUAAAACUUGACGUCCUUGGUGAAUCUGUCAGUACACUUUCACUGCCUGCGCAAUGAAGUUCUAAUGCAUUUUUAACCACUGGAAUUUUUCAAUGUCAUCAUUUCUGGUUCAGUGAUUUUGCACUUUUGAGAUUGGCAGGCCAUGUCUGUUUGGUUAGCAUUAUUAUUAUAUUAUUGUUAUUAACAGGGUUAUCACAGUCACGCUGCGCUCGGUGUGAUAAAGUAAAAUACACUCCCGAGGACGACACACAGUAUAGAUCACAUGCUGUUUAACAUAAGCUUUUGCCAGAACACAGUGCAUGCGCUUUACCUUGACUUGCUAAGAUUGAUUAGCAGAAAGGCAUGGCUAACAAUGCUGGUGGUAAAAAUAAACAAAGAAGACUAAGAUUGCCUGCUCUCUCUGUGCCUAGCCUCGAGUUGUUCACCUGUACUUAAGAUUGUGAAAUUUUAAUUAUUUUCAUGACAGAAGAAAAGGGACUAAAGACCUUGGCUUUCAUCUUUAUUUUGUUUUCUCGGCCUCAUUAAUAAGCUUAAGUGUUGAGAAAAUAUAUGUAGUCUUAAAUUUAUAUAAGGAACUUUUUCAGUUAACUAAAAUCAUGAACGUUCAUUCCAUAAUUUAAAUGCAUCAUAAGGGAGAUUAAUUUUGUGACAUUGUUGAAUGACUAUUUUAAGUCCUUCACCACCAACUUCAGAAUUUUUAAAGACAAAAUUGCUGUUGAAAAAUCUGUAUUCUUGCCAAUAUUCUUGUUUUGUAUUAGAUUUUUAAAUACCAGCAAAAGGAAUACCUCACUGAAAGUCAUCAGAACCCUAUUCAAUUGCUCGAGAUUAUUUUGUCUCAGUGGUUUUCUUUUUAUUUUUAGAAACUCAAACAUUUAGAUAAGUUAUGUUUUCACUAAGUGUUUAAGAUAAACUUUUAAAGAAAAUUUAAUAUGUUAUAGUUGUAUCUUUGGUAACUUUAAGUCUUUAUCAUAGACUCUGUACAUAUGUUAAAAUUAGCAUUUAUCAGAUGUGUGUGUCAUCAGAUGAAUGACAGAAUAAACAUAUUUAUGGUCAUGAAUGAUGCUCUUUGUAAAAAGAUUUCAAGAUAUUAGGAAGUAUACUGUGUUUUUAAUCCUGUAUAAUACCCUGUGAUACUUUUAUAGAACAAUUCUGGCUUCAGGAAAGUCUAGAAGCAAUAUUUCUUGAAAUAAAAGGUGUUCAAAAUAUACCUGUGUCAGAGAAAUGAACUUAACCAUUUUAUGGCAGGCAC